GUGCCCUGCGUGCCCGCGGCGGCCGGCUCCCCGGCCGCCUGGGGCGCGGCCCGCGGGCCGCUGCCGCCGCGGCGCAGCCCCGGGCGCGCUCGACGCGCCGCGCAGGUUGUCGAUGCGGAGGUCGUGCCCGCAGGAAAGCCUGCUUCCGAGGAGGCCAAGAAGGUGGGCAACCUCGUGGAGGACGACGAGUGGCUCGGUCUAGGAAUGGAGCUUGCGAUUGUUCUCCGCAGCGCCGUCCGCGAGAGCGUCAAGAGCAGCGUCAAGGAUUUCACUGGCAAGGACGACUAUCAGUUGGGCGACCUGAGCACGGAGGCGGACGCACGUCUGAAGGCGGCCAUUGCAAACUUGCGAGGAAAGGACGCCUACGAGGUGGGGGAUCUCACUCUGGCACUCGACGAGAUAGCCAAAGGUGAGGUAGUGAAGAUUACUGGCAAGGACAAGUACGAAUUUGGUGAUUUGUCGAUCGAGAUUGACAAGAGGGUUAAAGGUGUCGUGGCUGAUUAUUGUGGAAAGGACGAGUAUGAACCUGGUGACCUGACCAAGGCGGUCACCGCAAAGGUUGCUGCUGAUGUAGCGGAGUUUACUGGCAGGGAUAAUUACCAGUUCGGCGACGUCUCCAAGGCGCCGGGACGGUAG